GAAAUAAAACAGGUUGGGGGCUAUCAGGACUUAUCAGGACUGUUAAACUACAAUAAGUUCACUCUACAACUACAUGUUUGAAUAGUGGAGCAGAUGGGUUUCAUCCAGCUGGGGGCAUGAGACGAGCCAGAGGCGAGGUCCACGGCCAGGAACAGGAGGACAGAUGAUCCACCAGGACAACCAGCUAAACUGUGACAUCCUAAAAACUAGCUUGAUCUUCUGGAGCGUGAAUAAAAGCGAGCUGUCAGUGGUUGUAAUGAGCCCUGUGGCUGUUUCAGAACUGUGGAUGGAGGUCUUCAGGGUCAUGCUUCACCUGUCAGAAGGAACAUCUAGGAUGGAGUUUGUGGGCUACAUGAAGGUUCCCCAACCUGAUCUUUAUGUAAAAUGUGUUUUUGAGUCAACCAGUGGGUAAUGAAAGACUACACGAUGGUUUGAUCCUUCUAAAGAUGGAACCGGGUCGGUCCACAGCCAUGGGAGUUAUUGCCAAGUGUGGAUCAUCCACAGCACCCUGCAGUCCUGCAGCUUUAUGCAACCAUGCUGGUUUUACUUCUGUCCAAAGAGAACAGGAAUGACAGCAUUCAAACACGGCGGUGGAGGCAUGAUGAUAUGUGAGUGCCGCCCGCGUGCAGAAAAAUGAGUCCUGACCCGCCGGAGUGGAGACCUUCUGCUGCUGCUGCUGCUUUGUCCUGGUUCUGGAGAGAGGCGGGGUUCUUCUGGGUUGUCGGCCUGCCUCCUGCGUCAGCGGGUGUCGGGUUGUCUGGACCUCCCCCUCCGACCCGAGCCCAGGCUCAGACAGGAGCACAGUCCGGGUCCCAGUCCAGCCCUGAGCCCGCUUCUGACCGGACCCGCGCGGGACCAUGCUGCUGCACGAGCUGCUGCUGUGGAGUCUGUCUGCUCUGUGUGGGAGUUUGGUCUGUGGUCGGCCUCGGCGCUCCAGAGAGGAUGGACCCUCAGGAACAGGCGCUCGCUCCAGCCCCCCGUACGCGCCAAUGUCCGGCUCCUGCAGGAGCAGGUGUUUCGAGCUGGUGGAGGCGGAGCCUCCCAGCUGUCGCUGCGACAACCUGUGUAAGACGUACCACGGCUGCUGCUCCGACUUUGACCAGCUCUGCCUGCGGACAGAUGGAGGGUAUGAGUGCAGUAAGGAUCGAUGUGGAGAGACUCGCAACGAUCAGCACGCCUGCCACUGCUCUGAAGACUGCCUGUCCAGAGGAGACUGCUGCACAAACUACAGGAAACUCUGUAAAGGCGACUCUUCGUGGCUGCAGGGGGAUUGUGAGGAGAUGAGAAGCGCGGAGUGUCCUGCGGGGUUUGUGCGACCCCCCCUCAUCAUUCUGUCAGUGGAUGGAUUCAGGGCGUCCUACGUAAAAAGAGGGAACUCUGUCAUACCCAACAUAGAGAAGCUCAGAACAUGUGGAACCCAUGCUCCCUACAUGAGGCCAGUUUACCCCUCCAAAACCUUCCCCAAUCUCUACUCUAUGGCCACAGGCCUCUACCCGGAGUCUCAUGGCAUCAUAGGAAACUCCAUGUAUGACCCGCAGUUUGAUGCUUUCUUCAACUUGAGGAGCCAAGAAAAACUGAACCACCGCUGGUGGGGAGGGCAGCCAAUCUGGAUCACUGCAGGUAAACAAGGAGUGAAAGCUGCCACCUUCUUCUGGCCUGUUUCCAUUCCUAUAGAGAGGAGGAUACUGACCAUGCUGCAGUGGCUCCACCUUCCUGAUGGAGAAAGGCCGUAUGUUUAUGCUAUGCACUCCGAGCAGCCAGACAUUUAUGGACACAAAAUGGGGCCCAUGAGUGCCGACUGUUUUGUGUCUCAGCUGAACAACCCUCUGAGGAUGAUUGACAGAAUUGUUGCUCAGCUGAUGGACGGACUGAAGCAGAUGAAACUGCAUCGCUGCGUCAACAUCAUCCUGGCAGGAGAUCAUGGUAUGGAAGAGGCCCACUGCGACCGCACAGAGUUCCUCAGUAACUACAUGAGCGUGGAUGACAUUGCGCUCAUACCAGGAACCCUCGGCAGGAUACGCGCCAGAUACCACAGCAACCAAAAAUAUGACCCCAAAACUGUUGUUGCCAAUCUAACAUGUAAGAAAGCAGAGCAGCACUUCAAGCCUUAUCUGAAACAGCAUCUGCCAAAGAGGCUGCACUACGCCAACAACCGGCGCAUCGAAGACGUUCACCUGCUGGUGGACAGAAGGUGGCACGUUGCCAGGAAAGUCCCAGAGGGGAGGAGGCAUUGUGGCUUCUCAGGGGACCAUGGAUAUGACAACAAGAUCAACAGCAUGCAGACAAUAUUUUUGGGUUAUGGACCUGCUUUUAAAUUUAAGAUGAAAGUCCCGGUCUUUGAAAACAUCGAGCUUUACAACGUCAUGUGUGAUCUUCUGGGUUUGAAACCAUCUCCAAACAAUGGAACCCAUGGCAGUCUCAAUCACAUGCUCAAAAGCCCCCCGUUCAAACCUCUGAUGCCGGAGGAGGUCUCUAGGCCAUCAUCCACCAGCACUGUUCCCAUGGUAACAGAUGAUUUGGGCUGCAGCUGCGAUGAAAAGUUGCGUGUAAAAAGUAGGGGCCAGAGAGGUUUGAAAGUGACCCUUGUACGAGGCUAUAACCUGGAGUCACUCUGGCUCUGUCUCUUACAGAACCAAGUGGAGGAGCUAAACCAGCGACUGAGGCAAGCUAUUGAUGACAGCAGGAACCUGCCUUUUGGGCGACCCGCUGUCAUCUUUCGCACUAAAUACUCCAUCCUCCACCAUGUUGACUACAUCAGCGGUUACAGUGAGGCUCUCUCCAUGCCUCUGUGGACUUCAUUCACUGUCAGCAGACAGGUGGAGAUGUCUCCUCUGCCCGAAGCUCUGUCCACCUGUGUAAGGCCAGACGCCAGAGUGCCUCCAGCCUCCAGCCAGUCUUGUACCAACUACAGAGCGGUCAGACAUGUCACAUCUGCCUUCCUGUACCCACCACAACUGUCUUCAACGUGGGACAGAAAACUGGAAUCUGUCUUCAUCACAAACACUGUACCCAUGUUCCCUGCAUUCAAGAGGAUAUGGGUUUACUUUCAGAAAGUCUUGGUGAAGAAAUAUGCAACUGAGAGAAAUGGAGUGAACCUUCUUGUUGGACCCAUAUUUGACUACAACUAUGAUGGAGUCAGAGACUCGGCUGAGACAAUGAAGGAGUAUGUGAGUGGACCCUUUGCCAUUCCCACACACUUCUUUGUGGUUCUGACCAGCUGCUUGGACUACACCCAGACUGCAGAUGCGUGCACCGGCCCACUCAGCAGCGCCGCCUUCAUCCUACCACACAAACCCAACAAUGACGAGACCUGCAACAGCUCCGAGGACGAGUCUCGCUGGGUGGAGGACCUGAUGAAGAUGCACACGGCACGGGUCAAAGAUGUGGAGCUCCUGACGGGCCUGGACCUGUACCGCAGAACCACCCAAAGCUACGCUGAGAUUCUGUCCCUCAAGACUUACAUGCACACAUACGAGAGUGAGAUCUGACCAAACACAAACUUCUGCAUCACGUCUGUGAACAGGCCCCGUGUGUGUGCGCUCCAGCGUCACAUCAGGUGCCUUCAUGAGGGUGCAGCUCAGGUGGAACAAACUUGUGGUGCUCUUCACUUCAGCGUUUAGCUGGACCUACCAGCUGCUGUCUAAACAUGAGCUGUUGAAUGGAUUUGCAUGUCAAAGAUUCACACUCUGCUCUGAAGCACUGAAGCAGGACUGCAGCACUGAGGCCCCGACCAUCCCCUGAAGUCAACACAAACCACUGUCUUCUGGUCUGAGAACACUACUCUGUGCUUUAAUAUUUAGCUUGUGAGUGUUGAUUGGUGUGAAUUAAUGAUGAUGAUCCUAUUGUUUCAUUAAAAAUUACCACUGUCCUAUUUAAACAAAGCGUACAUUCCUUCCCAAUAAAAAAAGUUUUUUUUCAAAGUUAAA